UGGCUGAAGCGAUUGGACUGCCACUGUUACUCUCCCGACACUUUCUGUGGAAUUUGAAAUAUUUUUUUGGUCGUGAGACAUAGGUGACGGCAUCAGUAACUGGGGGGCAUCUUCUGGGUCGCAGCGGUGAUCACAGGGAGCUCAGCGAUGAAUAAGCUACGGCAGAGCUUCCGCCGGAAGAAAGACGUCUACGUGCCGGAGUCGAGUCGGCCGCACCAGUGGCAGACAGACGAAGAGGCGGUCCGCAGCGGCAAAUGCAGCUUUGCAGUCAAGUACCUGGGACACGUGGAGGUGGAGGAGUCUCGAGGCAUGCACAUCUGCGAGGAUGCUGUAAAGCGCCUGAAGACGGACAGGAAAUUCUUCAAAGGAUUCUUUGCAAAAGCUGGGAAGAAGCCAGUGCGAGCUGUGUUAUGGGUGUCGGCAGACGGUCUUCGAGUUGUAGACGACAAAACAAAGGACCUGAUUCUGGACCAGACAAUAGAGAAGGUGUCAUUCUGCGCUCCGGACCGAAACUUUGAGAGGGCGUUUUCUUACAUCUGCAGGGACGGGACUACACGUCGCUGGAUCUGCCAUUGUUUCAUGGCCAUCAAAGACUCAGGAGAGCGUCUCAGUCACGCCGUGGGUUGUGCAUUCGCCGCUUGUCUGGAGCGAAAACAGAAACGUGAGAAGGAGUGCGGGGUCACGGCGACCUUCGACGCCAACAGAACCACGUUCACCCGCGAGGGCUCAUUUCGUGUCACUACGGCAACAGAGGCGGCAGAGCGGGAGGAAGUCAUGAGGCAGCUACAGGAUGCUAAAAAAGCUGAAAUAGAUGUAAAGAUUGUCGGGAACUCGGCCACCAGUGUGACAAACCCUUCAGCCCACCAGACAGGAGGCUCCCCGUCCCCCUCGUCUUCCCCUCCGCUCUCUAUGUCCGGCCUGGGGCCUCAGGUGAUACCUCGCAGACACGCACCGGCCGAGGCUCUCGCCAGGCAGGGCUCCUUCAGAGGUUUCCCUGUGCUCAGUCAGAAGACUUCUCCCUUCAAACGACAGCUGUCGCUGCGCAUGAACGAGCUGCCCUCCACCAUGCAGCGCAAGUCUGACUUCCCCAUGAAGAACACGGUCCCUGAGGUAGAAGGAGAGGGUGACAGCAUAAGUUCGCUGUGUACUCAGAUCACUUCAGCAUUCAGCGGACCCCCAGAGGACCCUUUCUCCUCAGCACCAAUGCCCAAACCAGCUUCAUCCCCACAGUCUCCUGUGGCACCAGUGAACGGUACAGCUCCCGCCUUCUCUGUUGCUGCUGUUGCUGCUACUGCUAACCCCCAAGUACAGAACUCAGUUCUGCCUCCUGCUCUACCUGCUCGAGACACUAACCCCUGGGCUAAGACCCCUGCAGGGGCCCCGGUCCCAGGACAGCCAGCAGGAGGUGACUGGUCUUCUCCUACUCCGGUGAUUGUAGUCCCCCCAACAUCUUCUCCAGUUCUGCCCUCUCACAAACGCACUCCUUCAGAAGCAGACCGGUGGUUAGAAGAAGUUUCCAAGUCUGUCCGAGUCCCGCAGCCUAAUCCGAUCAUGGCAGGGGCCUCGCCACCUACCCAGGCGUUCACUGCUCCUGUGCCGAUGCCUGUGGCGCCUCCUCCCCCGGUGGCCUUUGUCUCCUCUCUGCCCUCCGCGGUGCCCAUGUUGCCCCCUCGUCAGCCUGCUUUCCACGCUCAGGCUCCACCCUCCUACCCGAUGUCCAACGGGCUGCCGUUCCCUCAGCCCAGCGUGCCUGUGGUCGGCAUCACUCCUUCGCAGAUGGUGGCUAAUGUGUUCGGCUCGGCCACGCAACCCCAGCCGUUCCCCGUCCCCGUCUCCACGACUCCCCUGCACGAAGUCCAGGCUGUCGGUAACAUCAGCCCGUUCAUCAAGCCCCCGCAGCCCGUCGCAGUGAUCCCUGCUGCCCUCCAGCCAUCCAAUGGCAGUGUGACCUUUAACGGAGCAGACAGCUGGGCCGCUCCUUCCCAACUUGCUCCAUCCUCUCCGGCCACACAGCCUCCAACGCAGCAGCAGGAAGAUGCCUUUGAGGCCCAGUGGGCAGCUUUGGAGGGCCGCUCACGCCAGCGCACCACACCCUCCCCAACAAAUCCUUUCUCUACCGAGCUGCACAAGACCUUUGAGAUUCAGCUCUGAAGACUGUAUGAGAGAUUAGAAACUACCGGACAACAUGGAGGCCACUUUAGUUGAUUGAGCAGGUGGGUGAUUGACUACAGUAGAGAGGGGAAUGUCCUCCUGCCUCCCUCCCUCUCUGUUUCAGUGGAUAAGCUCAGCAGUGCUGAAAAGAACUGGGAGACAGGCGAGAGCAGCAGGUGAAUCAACAGGGAGCAGAACUCUGCACAGCAGUGAGGGGAGAGGAAAAAAACAAAACAAGGGUGCAGCUCCCCGGGCAUUUCAUUAGCAUCGUCUGUAUUGUUUUGUUUGUGCUGUGGAGCGCACGGUCGUCAUUACCUUGUGUGAAUAUCUGUGCCGAGCUACAUCCAGCCCCCUGUCAGGCCCUGCUACCCACCCAGGGCAGCUCCCGUUCCCAUGACCCCCCCCCCUUUGCUCGGUCCAGAGCGCCCCCUGUUGACAGGACAAGACCUCCCUCACCUGGCAGAGGAACUGCAGCACUGAGAGAACUCAGCUUCCCGAUGAGAAGCUCUCCUUAAUAACUUCCCAAUCAGAAGAAUAGAGUGAGACAAUGCCAAAAUCUUUAUUUUUAUGCAUUAAGUAUAUUUUAAAUAGCUUUGGAAUCUAACAGAAGAGUUGUAAGUAAUCUUGCCAAAGGCAGAUGCUAGCUACAAUGAGACAAGUUUAUGUGCGUGUAUACAUGAAAUGACCGUAUAUAUUAUACAUAAAUAUAUAUAUAUAUAUAUAUAUCUAUAAAGAAUCUAUACUGUACACACAGCUCACAGCAGUGCUAAUUUUUAAUGUGAUGUAAAGAGAUUUGUGAAGGGACAGCUGCUUUACUUUUGUGGGGUUUGUUUGUUUUAUUUUUGAAGAAAAAUCUCUUUAUUGUCGUCUAUUAUUGCAUCCUGUGAUUGGAUGUGAAGCAUCUCACUGUAAAUAGGGUAUCAUUGCAGCAACAAUCAACGUGGACCUAGCGAUGGUGGUGGUGCCCAACUGGUUGCCUCUCAGACCUGUGCUCAGUUUUUAAUAGUUUAGUACACAUCAGUACUUAACAUUUUACUUUCUUCUGUCUUCAUUGUCAUUCUUUUUUUGUGUGGUAACGAUCUUGUUUUUUUUUGUUUUUUUUAAUUUAACACAAUAGGAUGUGUCAUCUCCUGUUUCUCCACCUCUUGUAUUAUUAUUAUUUUUUAAGUAGUUGAUUUCUAAAUUUUUAUUUUGCACAAGCACUAAAGUGUAGAUGAUUUGACCUCACAGGUGACUUUGAUCAACAUGGGUUAGUCAGUUGUGGUGCUGCAGUAGCUGCCGAAGGCCCUGCUGACCUGCCCUGACCUCCGUUAGCCUGCUGUGGUUCCGACGGUCAGCAGAAAACUACAGGGAGAUAAAACGGUUUCAUCUCUCACUGUCUGAUUUCUCUCUGUCAUGUUUUUAUUUUUUUAAAUCAAACCUGUGAAUAUGAUCUAUUCUCUGAUCUAUUUUUCCAUUUUGUAAUUAUUUCAUUACUUUAUUCCACUUCUUUGGAGAAAUAUUGAAGCUAAAAGAUUGAAUAAAUUGAUGGUGGUAGA